AUCGCCUCCGAAUACUCCUGUGACAGGAGGCACUGGCAAAGCCCGCCCCCAGCCCCAGGCAGCAAUAAAUAGAAGGCUCUCAGCCCAGGAGAAGCAAGAAGUUUCUAGGCCCGCGUCCCUGGGUUUAUUAAGCUCCUGACGCUCCUCCAUGAGACGUCUCAGCGGCUCUGGCUGAGAGCCUGGACAGCCUGGGAGGACAGUGACUGGCUGAUCUCCGGUGAGGCAGUGCGGAGAGGGGCCCUCUGGAAUUCUGCUGGGCCGGCAGGUGGUCGCCUUUGGAGUGCCUUUGGGGGCUGGGACCCCAGCCGGGUACCCCCUCUGUCCUUGGCAGUGGAUGGUUCAGCGUUUUCUGAAGCUGAAGAAUAAGCUCGGAGGGCCAGCGCCCCCACCCCCCCACAUCACCUUGCUGUGUGACCUUGGGCAGGUGGCUCCCUCUCUCUGAGCCUCCGUUGCCCCUCCAGCUCAGCAGCCAUGGCUGACGGUCAGAUGCCCUUCUCCUGCCACUAUCCAAGCCGCCUGCGCCGGGACCCCUUCCGGGACUCGUCCCUCCCCUCGCGCCUGCUGGAUGAUGACUUUGGCAUGGACCCCUUCCCCGACGACCUGACGGCCUCAUGGCGCAACUGGGCCCUGCCUCGAUUCUCCCCGGGGUGGCCUGGGACCCUGAGGUCAGGCAUGGUGCCUCGGGGGCCGACGGCUGCAGCCAGGUUUGGGGGACCUGGGGAGGGCAGAAGUCCCCCACCCUUCCCCGGGGAGCCCUGGAAAGUGUGCGUCAACGUGCACAGCUUUAAGCCAGAGGAGCUGAUGGUGAAGACGAAAGACGGAUACGUGGAAGUGUCUGGCAAACAUGAAGAGAAGCAGCAAGAAGGUGGCAUCGUUUCCAAGAACUUCACAAAGAAAAUCCAAAACCACGGUCAAAGCUCCUGCUUACAUUUCUGCCUAUUCCCUUUGCCUCUUAACUGCCUCUCGUGCUUCUCCACGUGGCCCCCUGCAACGUGGCCCCCCUGCAACGUGGCCCCCCACAAUGUGGCCCCCCCACAACGUGGCGAGCCCUCUCUUCUUGGGAUCUUGGGACUCAUUCAUUGCCACCCUGAAUGUCCCCCAGAGGGGUGGCUGGGAAGAGGAGCAGAAAGUUUGGAAACUGCAGAAGACCCCACCUCAGCAGCUCAGGAAAGCGGGGGGAGCAGAGGAGAGCCGAGGCCAGCUGUCUUGGAAACGAUGCCUCGUGACCCGCUAUCACGGGACGGUUUCAUUCUCCGUACGCCUGUUUGUGCUCUGUCUGAGCUGCGUGACAGACUGGCUUGUUCUGGUUCUAACUGUGACAGCUUAUAAGAUCCACAGCAGACAGGAUGACAGAGCUCACCGCCAAGAGCUGGGCAUGCUUGUGCGCACACACGCGCCCGCAAGACGCUCAGAGCUGAGCCGGCCCAGACACAGUUUGGAGGACAGAUCAUGUCUUUGCGGAAGUGACAGAAAUUGAGACUCUCUGGGGAUGUCCAAGAUUUCACACUAGAUUGGCAGCUCCCAAAGGGAGUUCCAUAAGAAGAAAAGGGAGCGGGGGUGGGUUCUGUGGUCAAGUAAUUUUGGAAAGUGCCAGGGUAGACCCACUUAAACAUCCUUCUUUAGUCUGCCCACGUGCAUCGUGACCCCGCAAAGGGAAGGCGUCACUGCGAGCCCUGGUUGCAUCACAAAUGAACCCUAACACGCACUGACCUGAAACCACACAUACUACUGGACAGUUUGGAAGUUUCAGGAAUUCACCUGAGUUCAGCGGAGUGGUUCGGUCUGAGUGUCUCAUUACAUGGCAUCAAGAUGUCAGCCAGGGGUACGGUCAUCUGAAGGUUUGACCGGGGCUGGAGGGUCUGCUUCCGAGCUCACUCUCAUGGCUGUGGGACGGACACCGCUGGCCCUCGCCCCGCAGGCCUUUCUGGAAAGGGGGGCUGGUUGAAUGUCCUCGUGACAUGGCAGCCAGCUUCCCUUGGAGCAAGGGAUCCCAGAAACAGCGUUAAGACGGAGGCACGUCUGUCAUGUCUUUUGUGAUCUGGCCUUGAAAAUGGUACUACAUCACUUCCU